UAGUGGAGUCAUCGUCACGUGCUGUUCAGUGGUCAUUCCCCUGGUAAUCAUAUGACAAUGGCGGAGCUUUCGGCGCUAGCCGGUGCAAGGUGAAAUGAGGUAACGAAGCAAGAGUUCUCCAGCAAAGUCAGAAAAUGAAAAGAGGAUUAUGUCAAACUAUGUGGAAACUUGUUCAGAGGCAAACGUACACAUGUUUGUCCUCGCGUCAUGGAAUAUGGCUGUGCAUCGGUGGUCUUUUAUUGACUUUGAUUUCUGCUUUCCAGUUUGGAGAAAUUGUUCUCGAAUGGAGCAUGCAGAAAUAUGCGGUCACUUUUAACACGUAUCACGACAAUAUCCUUGGGAAUUCCUACCAGAACAGAUUGUGUCUUCCGAUACCGAUUGACGUUGUUUACACGUGGGUAAACGGAAGCGAUCCCAAGCUGCUAGCAGACUUAGAGAAACUCAAAUUGGAAAUAGAGCUAGAACAAAAUAGAACAACUUUGAAAGAAAUAGAGCGACUCAAAACCGAAACUAAUGCCACCGAGAGUGAAAUUGCAGAUAUGCUUUUAAAGAAGUCUCUGGAGAAAGAGAAAAAAGCGAAAGGAGACACGAAGAAGGACGGUGGAGCCAUAGGGAAUUCUCGCUGUCCUUUUGAAAAUUGUGUGUCAGCUCUUUGCGUCGUUGUCGAGGAAGGGCUCCCUAGUGAUUUACAGCUAUCUAAAAUACGCGAACUAGACGCAUCAUUUUCAAAAUUAACUAAUUUCUACAACGUGACCUCCUCUGGUUCAUCAAAAGAGCUUAUCAGUGUAAUCCAAUUCCCUGGAAAAAGCGAGACUAACGAAGCGUUAAAAGUUAAAAUCAAAUGGCAGAAUAGAAGUUUGCGAAGCAAAGAAGGUUACUUCACCAGUGACACAACCAGACCAACUGCGGUUAACAGAGGAACAGAAAUCAUGAUUUUAGAUCUGAAGGGUAACAGUGAAGUGGAAAAAGUGAAGAAAGAAUUUAAAGAGCGUUUUGGAGAUAAACUCCUUAACGUUGUUUUUCAUGCUGAGAAGCUCAUAGGUGUGGCAUAUUUCUCAGAUACGACAUCAGCUUCUUCUGCCCUAAAAUUGAAAUUGACAAUUAAUGGAAAAGCUGCAAAGUUAGCUCCUGCCUUGUUAAUAUGGGCACCAUUUAAUUCUGUUCUUGUUGCUAGUGAUGAUUCAAAAGAAGACGCUGACAUUUCAGCAAGUCGUUUUGCAGACAACGAAGAACUGAAAUAUUCUCUCCGUUCUGUUGAAAAGCAUGCACCAUGGGUCAGGAAUAUUUUUAUCGUUACAAAUGGUCAAAUACCCUCUUGGCUUGAUAUGGACAAUCCAAGACUCAAGAUAGUCACUCAUGAAGAGCUAUUUUUGAACAAGAGUCACCUACCAACCUUCAGCUCUCCAGCUAUAGAAUCUCACCUGCAUAAAAUCCCUGGCCUUUCUCAGAAGUUUAUUUAUCUUAAUGAUGAUGUCAUGUUUGCUGAUGAUGUUUGGCCAGAUGACUUCUACACCCAUGCAAAUGGCCAAAAGCUCUACCUCACAUGGCCUGUCCCAAACUGUAACGAGGGGUGUCCCUCCUCCUGGGUAAACGACAAAUAUUGCGACAAAGCUUGCAAUGUGUCAGAAUGCGACUGGGAUGGUGGAGACUGUAUCGGUGUUAAACGCAAGACACAGUGGAACUAUCAAGGUUGGCAGAGUCAGCACUCUAGUUAUCGCAUCCAGUUUUGCUCUCCAGGUUGUGCGGACACCUGGGUAGGUGAUCGCUAUUGUGAUGUUGCUUGUAAUGUUGCAAAUUGUGGUUAUGAUGCUGGUGACUGUGGAAUUUCCCAGUUCCACGAGUUGUAUCAUAUUGACAUUGAUCAAAACACUCAGACAGUUGAACUGCCUCAAGGUGUAUCCGUGCUGUAUUUUAAUAUUUCAAAACCUUUUGGCACAGGAAAGGUCACUUCUGGGGACUAUACAGAGACACAGUGUGUGCGAUCUGCAACUGUGGCACAGAAGUUUAAAGUUUUUACCUUGACAUUGCGAGAAAACUGUACCUCACCAAAUGUCAGGUUCAAUAUUGAAGGAUUUAGUGACCAGAAUGAAACAAACAAGGUGGCUACUAUAUUCAAUGUGUCUUUUGACACAACAGCAAUUGAGGGUAGUAAGUCAGUUCCUACUGCAACACCAGCACCCACCAAAGUUUCGACAACUGAAGUCCCAGCAACAAUGCCAUCUGGAAACAAAGUACAACAAAACAUACCUAUAACUGUCUAUCCAAUAAGGAUUCAGAAUGCUAAUCAGUCACUCAAUUAUUGGGUCAUUGCCAAUGUGUCUACCCACCAUAAGCCAACAUGGCAACCAUUACCAGAGAAAGUGUACAGCAUACCAUUGCUUUCAAAUGAUACAGUUCUACCAGAGUAUGUUCAAAACCACUUAGCACAUAUAGAGAGGGAGUAUAAAGAUGGUGACUUGACUCAGAAGGGCUAUGCAAGAAAGAAAGCAAAGAUUUUGCAUGACUUCUUGAAUGUGCCAGCAACUGAACGAGCUCCUGUGGUUGUUGCUAUGUUGCCUACACCUUUAUCUGAAGCUGAGAAAAACCCCACUGUUCCUGCAAAGUUGCAUGUCACCCACAAAGUGAGUAGAUUACCAUAAAUUCUCUAUUAAGUCUCCCCUCUCAAAUAAGCCCCCUCCCUUUAAUAACCCCCCCCCCCCUUUCAGGAGAAGAAAGUUAAUAAGCCCCCCUCCCCUCCCCUCUCCUCCCCUAAUUAUUUGUCACAAAUAAAUGAUAGACUGUAUUAAUCACUCACAGCUGUAAAACUUUGUGUGGACUGAUCCAGGAUGGUUUAUUUACGAACUGGAAGUUCGGAUUUGAUUCUGAUCCUCGGCUGCAUAACCUAAAACUUCUUGUACUUGAGCUUUUCCAUUUUGUAUUCUAGUUCUUUAUGGAGAACUGAUACCAUCAUCAUUUCUUAAUUAAAUAAGCCCCCCCUCUCUAUGAAGCCCCCCCCUCAAAUGGCCUUGAAAUAAAUAAGCCCCCCGAGGGGCUUAAUAUAGGAUUUAAGGUAUUGUUUUUUUGAUUUCAAUGUAUUAUAAUUACAAGUAUUUUUUACAAUUUUCUGUAGCUGGUCUGCACCAUGAAGGAAUUAGACAGACAGCUAUUUAUCAGUUGAUUUAGCAACCCUGACCUGUAAUAUGUUGCGUGUCACAAGAUUGAAGGGCAAAACAACAACUUGAAACAAAAAACAUCUUAUGACUGUCAUGUGUUCAUAUUUUGCCCCUGGACUUAUAAUCGUCCUUUCUUCAGAGCCAAAACUGACUCAGUCUAUAAUCAAAAGGAGACAUGAAUAUUAGUAGUUACUGAUGCAUUUGUCUGAAACGUUGUUAAUAGAAUCAAAAAAUAUUUUAUAUCAGGACUUUCUUGCCCGGGUUUGUUUUUGAGCAAAUAUUAUUUUAGGUGAGACAAUAAAGAAAAGAGAAGGUGCAGAAGAUAAAAAGAUGACUAAAAUGGGAUGUUAGAUUGAUUUGAGGGCUGAAUUACAUGUGUAGCCCCUGUGUUCUUUGGACUUGUCACAGGGCCUGGGUAGGGUAAAUUCUGACAACUUAACGAUGUAUAGCCUUGGAACGGUAACGUUAGGCAAAUGAAAAUAAUAGCAACAAACAACACAAGCCUGGAUUAAAAAGCAGGUAGAAAAGAAAAAAGCUUUAGAUAGAAUACUAACCAGGAAAACAUCUUUCUUAAAUACAUGGCAAAGAGUAUUGAAAUCCACGCUAGCUAACUUAUGUUUUCCUGUCUACAUUGGCCUCUGUCAUGCAUCUCUCUCCUGGUGAAAAAGAUGAUCAACUGAGAGAGGAGCAGAGAAGAGAUGAGGGAGCAUAUUAAACAGAAGUGGCACCAAUACUUGAUACCAUGCACGUCAUUAGCUGAGUUCCUAGGGUGAAUUUCACUAACAGAGCAUUUUCACCUGACGUCACAGCAGCCAUGCUGGUGUUCCAAAGUAAUUCUGUGAGCAGGGUUGUCAUUAAGAGCCGGGGGCCAGGGAUUUUCCCCGGCUACUAAGAGAGUGACCCCCGGCUACUUUUAUUGGAAAAUAGAAGAAAAAUAGAACCAAAAGAAAUCCCUAGCCGUUUGAUUCCCCGCCUACUUGUUGUAUUUACCCGGCAACUUGAAAUCUUAGUGACAACCCUGUGUGGGAGUUAAACUCUUUUCUUAUGUAAAAGCUUUCUUUUGUUCCAAUAAAUUUGAAUAGAUGCUGGCCACGUGAGUGAAAAUGCUCUGUAGUAAGAACACUGUAUAUUGUCUUGUGAAUUUUUAUGAAUUCCUUACCCUUUCAGGAUGAGAAAACUGUUACAGAUGCAGAGAGAAAUUCUACCUCUUCCGAGUCUGUUAAUACCAAAUCACAUCAAAGGAAGCUGCUGUCCUUAGAAGUCCCAGAAACGGAAGCUAUCAUUAGUGAUUUAAACAACCAAGGAGAGUUGACUGUAAAUCUUAACGAAGCUGGAGCAUUUCAAGAUGGUUUUGACAAUAAUUUAGACAGAACUGCCAUUUCAAUGGACGAUCUUAUUUUGGCAGACUGGAUUGCCAAUACUAAACAGAAACAGUUGUCAUUGAAGAGCGACCAGUCAGAAAGUCUUGAGCAAUGGAACAGUCGUUAUGGUAACUGGCAGCCUCUAAAGCAGCCUAGUGCAACAAGUUUUCUUCCUUGGGAGCGGCUUGGAACCUUUCAACAGCUUCAAAAAUCACUGGAAAGAUGGAAGCGUUCACAAGAAUUUGCCAACUAUCAGCUCCACAGCAGAAAAUUAAUGGACACUUUUGCAGACUCAUUGCUUCAUGUGCAUCGAAUUUAUAAUCGCAAGUUUGGUUACAUGGGACGUAAGGUUCCUGCUCAUAUGCCCCACAUGAUUGACAGAAAAGUCAUGGAAGAGUUACAGGAUAUGCUGCCAGAGGAAUUUGACAAAACGUCCUCGCACAAACUUCGCAGCGCAGACGACAUGCAGUUUGCCUUUUCUUAUUAUUACUUUGUGGUCGGUCAGAAGAAAACACCCAAUGUUAGCGAGUUCUUUGCUGAAGUGGAUGCAGAUCAUUCAGGUUUGAAUUUUUGUUUUUCAUUUUUAGGGGGACAAUAUUAUUAUUAUUAUUAUCAUUAUUAUUAUUACUAUUAUUUUGUUGUUGCUGUUGUUUUUUUUUGUUUGAUUGAUUGUUUAUUAAUUUUCAUAAACACAUGAAAAUUCAAUGUUUGCAUACAUUGUAGGCAAUUUUACUGUUCUGCAGAUGUACAAAGCAUUCUUGUACCUUCCUUAGAAUGAUUUGUUUGGACCCUCUUCCUUUUAACCUGCAUUGCAGAUAUAAUCUAACGCAGGCUAGUAACAUCUGCAAAGCAGCGCCAAGAUCCUUGUUGUGGUCCCCGAAUGGACUUAAAGAGUUACUGAAAGAAGGUUUUGAAUUGCUCUUCAACCUGUUUGCCAAAUCGACAAUGGCUUUUUUAACAGGCCAACCCUAGUAUGUACUCAGAUCCUGCUUGGAGCAUGGGAGCAAGGGUUUGGCACUGGCUCACAGACUGACUUUACCAGAUGUUCAAUUUCAUCUGUGGUGCAAGCUACCUCGACCCUACCUUCACUUUCCAACCAUGGAUGGAUCCUAAGGCCCUGUUCUCUCUACAAAUACUUCAGUCUGCGCUACAAACACCCAAUCAUAAUAUUACAAACAAUUCACUUCUAAAUUGGUGUCCAUUUAUUAGUUUUAACUGUAGCUAUCUCCCUUGGAGAUUUUGUAGUGUGAGUAUUUUCUUGGACUGCAAAUUCAUCCUCCCUUUCCCUUCCCCCACCUUACCUCAGACGCUAUACAAAUGUUUGUCUGAAAUAUUUCUUGGAGAUUCUCACAAAGUAUGAGCUAACACAGGGAAUAUUUUUACUAAGAAUUUGAUUUGAAGUAUAAGAUCUGCAGGAUCUACAGCGUCUUCAUGAUUUACAGGAUGUUCCAUACAAGAUCUAUCUGACACAUAAGUUCUACAGAAUCUACAAGAUCUAUAGGAUCUACAGGAUUUGAUACCACAGGUCUCAUGUACCUAGCCAGGCAUCGAUUGAAUGGCCCUUCAUUUUCUUAUCGGGGUGCAAUGGCUUGGAACCAACUGUCAAAUGAAACACGUGAGAUGGGGGAUCUUACUAGCUUUAAACUCGCCAUAUCUUAGGAUAUAACUUUUAUCAUGUUUUUAUCUUAUUUCUAAUACUUACUUCUUGCUGUUAUAUUGUAUUGUUAGUUAAUCACUAGUCUCUUAAUUUUUAUAAAUUGUAAUUGUCACACGGCAUGUCUGAAAACCAGCUUGCUGAGCCAUUUACCGUGUUUAAAUAAAGUUGAUUGAUUGAUUGAUUGAUUGAUUGAUUGACAAUGUAGCUUAGUAUAAAAAUGUUACAUGUACUUUAUCCUUUAUUUGUGUAUUUUCAGGAGUACUAUCCGAAAGAGAGCUGCGCACGUUGGCAACCCGGCUCUACACACUUCCAUUGGAUCUCAGUGACCUAAACUCCUUAGAACAAACACUGAUGAAUUGUAGUAACAGUUCGGCACCCCAGUUCAACACCUCAGAUCCAACCCAUUAUUUGGUCUUGCCAUCUGUGUCAGAAGAAUUCUUACAAAGCUGUGAUCCCUUGAUGAAAAUGCUAAAUGAUUCUUUCAAGGGUGUCACAAAGUACAAGUAUGAAACUCUUGGAGAUGAUAAUGUUGCAUUCCACAUGAUCCGUGACAAUGCGUCAGCUGUUUUACAAAAGUUAGAUGCUGUCAGAGGUAAAAGAAAGAAGUUUGUGUGCUUGAAUGAUAAUAUAGACCAUUCAAAGAAAGACGCUGAGCUGAUCAAGGCUCUGCUGGUGGACUUCUAUCAAUCUCUUUUUCCAAUUCCGUCUCAGUUUGAACUGCCAGUGGAGUAUAGAAACAGAUUUCUUCACAUCAGUGAUUUGAAUGAAUGGAAGAAGGAAAGAGAGGAAGUCAGAUUUUGGACAAACGUUUUAGUAGCAAUUUUAAUUUUAGCUGCAAUUUUAACACUUUUCCCAGGACCUUUAAUCUAUCUGAUCCAACUGUUAUGCCCUCUUAGAAGACUUUUUUCAUUUUUUCAACGAAACAGUUCAUCGACAAACUCUCGUCUUAUGACGGUCUAGGAAUUUUGGAGCCAUAACAGAUGAAUUAUAAACUAGUUUUAAUAUUCGAUAAUUUUAAGGUCAAAAUUUGUUACCUAAUUAACUGCAUUGUUGUUGGAUAUUUAUUGAUCAACUUAGUAACAAAUGAAAAACAGCCUCAGAGGGGUGGGGAGGGGAAGGGUUCAAGGUCGGAAAUAGUCCAAUAUAAACUUUAAAUAAUUAUAUUAUUCUUAUACCAUGCUUCCAAUACUGCUGUAGAAAUUCGCUGCUGGGCUUUAGUUAGCCUGCUUAGCAUGGCAGUUUUGGUUGGGCACACUAAGUAAUGAAGGCGAGGGCAGAGAAACGUGAGGAGAUUGGGGCGGGAGCAACUUUUUCUUUUUCUUGCUCGUUCUCGCACGCUUCGCGCACGAAUUUUGCAGCUUCACCGCUCGUGCACCUGGCUCGACAAAACUGCCAUGCUAGGCAGGCUGGGCUUCAGUGAAAUAUAAUAGGGAGCUUAAGCAACAACGACGGCGACAGCUACGAAAACGACACUUAAAAAGUGAAGUCAAGCCUCUUCAAACUUUAUCGCGUUUAUUCCAUCUCAUUCAAUUCAUCAAACGUUGACAAUUUUCUGGAGUUGAAUUCUAACAGGCUGUAUUGAAGUUCAGGAAAAGAAAAAGGAAGUCACUGCCUUGUUCACGUCCUCCACAAAACAUGAAACAUGUACUCGUGCAGUGACGGCAAAGAAAUAGUUCAAAAAAGCAUGAUGCAUCUGCACUGAGUUGUUGUUUUGUCAAUCUAAACAUAGUUUUUUUUUGUUGUUCUCAUUGAACUCGCCAUUGUUGUUGCUUAAGCUCCCCAAUAUGAAGUGUGGAAACUGCAUCCUACUGAUAAAUGGUUAGGACAGGAGCAAUAACAUUGACUGCGGUCCCCUUUCAGUUAUCUCAGGGGAAAUUAAGAGCCAUCUUAUAUUUUAGUGGCAAGUUAUCAGAGUCUCAGUGGUCAAAACUGUCUGUAAAUCUUUAUGAAAAGAACCUCUAUAUUACUUAAUGGUGACCAUUCUAAUACAUUACCCUGUGAGCAGUCAUUUCUCUUAGACAGACAUUGCACAACCAAGGUAUCUCUUCCUUCGUCUUGUCGCAUCCAGUCUGGAGAAACCACUGCUUGCAGGGUACACAUACAUGUGCCUUUCCCAGGGUCUGCAGCUUAAUGAGAUUCGACUGUUUUUAUUAUUUACAUACCAAUGCAGACAGAAACUACAAAACCAUAUUACAUAUAGAGAAAAAAACAUGAAAUAAUUCAGUAUGUAUAAUCAAGAUUUCCAAAUAAUUUAGCUAGAAAAUUGAAGGAGCCAUAUGCUCACAUAGUACUGUAGCUAAAUCAGAUUUAGUCCCGAUGACAAAUGAUUUUUUGGGUAAAAUUAAGCAUGUUUCAAGUGGCUUGUGUUAUCCACUUGGAUUUAGAAAACCCAAGUUAAUACAGACACCUUAAUAGUACAGACAACUCACCUUCAUGCAGUCACCCAUGUCACAUGCCUCUGUAGAUACCUGGUUAGCCUGCGAGCAAGCUCUCUGGGGUGCUCUUGUGGUGGGGCAGGAAAAGGAAGGAGAACUUGCAGCUACAUCUCUGGAAUUUGAAUAUCUACAUUGAAAAAGUCUAUGUGAAAUGCUGAUUGGCGGAGAUGACUCUAGUAAUGAUGUCAUUACACUUGGCACUUGAGUUUCAAUGUCUGUUUACAUUCGUGUUUGUUCCCACUUUGCGCUGAUUGGCGGAAAUCUGACAGCUCAGUUGUUGGGGAGCGACAGGGAAAUUGGAGGUGGAAUUCAGAUUCCAGAGACGUAGUUGUAAGCUCUCCUUCCUUUUCCCGCCCCGCCACAAGAGCGCCCCAGAGAGCUAAUGCUCGCAGGCCAAUACCUGGUAUGCCUUAUAGCAGGAGGUCAACAUGGCUAGAUGUUGAAAACUUUACAUCAUAAAGCCAACAUGGUCCUAGCUUCACUGACAAACCUGCUUAAUCAAAAAAAGGUUCUAGAAUUUUUGUUGCAAGAACAAAGCGGGCAAGAUGUAAGCAUUAUCUUGCCUGCUCGUAGUGUAGUCAGUCAGAACCCAGGGUUCACUUUAUCUUGCCUGCUUGUGGAGAUGCUCAUGUGAUGAUGUACAAAUCAUAUAUCUGUAUUAUGAAGGCAUUUGUCUGGACCAUAUCCUUUUUGACUAGCCAUUUCAGCAUAGAUAAAUUAUUACAAGUUUACCUCUGUUAAGAUGACAAAAUGCUUCACUUUAUUUAUAUUGAGGACAGAUUGUAAUUCAAGAAGGUUGCAAACAAGACUUGCUGUAUUAUUUAAGAAAAAUGUAACAUUAUGAGGAAAUCAAUGAAAUCAAUCAAGGUGUUAUAAAAAAAAUACUGCUUUUUUUGCUAUCUCUAAUCAAAACAAAAAAAUUUCAAUACCAUAGUCGACUUACAUUAAAAUAUCUAUGAGUGAUUAACUGUGAUCAUCAGUAGCUAGUCAAGGUAAUGUACAACUAAACAGAUUGAUUUUAGUUAAAAAGUGAAAAAGUAAGUUAGUAAAAAAAGGGCCUUUUGUAUUGGUAAUAAUAUUAUUGCAAAGAAGAUUAAAUCGUUUUCGAUUGACAACUUCAAGUCAUUAUUGUCAAGGUUGAAUUUCAGUCAUUCAAUGUAGUUGUUUUUAAUUAGAUUUUAAUUUCCUUCAGUUUUUGAGUAAUCUUUAGCUUAUUCAUCAGAAUACCAGGAAGGUAGUGAUCCCUAACAAGUCUGAGUCUUCAAUUAUGUGUUUUUAGACUUAAAGCUGUUUUAAUAAAUAUUGUUUCUAGCCCCC